AUGGCCACUAUGCUUCUAGCCCGCGAGCUGCCGCCGUUUGGUGGCGAUACGCUCUUCGCGAACCAGGUGGCUGCGCAUGAGGCUUUGUCUGAAGGCUUGAAGAAGACGUUGUCGAACUUGACGUGCGUGCACACAUCGUCGAAAGCCGCAGCGUCCAAGACUCGUGAGGAUAGGAUUAAUGAUUCUGGCCAUAAGGCGGAGGUGCUCAUAUCUUAUCACCCGGCUGUGCGGACGCAUCCCGAGACUGGCAAGAAGAGUUUGUAUUUGAACGUGGCGCAUACUGAUCGCUUUGAUGGAUGGAGUACAGAGGAGAGUGCUCCGUUGCUGAAUUAUCUUCAUCAACACCAGGUUAAGCCGGAGUUUACGUGUCGUUUCCGGUGGCAGGUUGGAGAUCUGGCGAUAUGGGAUAAUAGAGUCGUUCUCCACAAUCCUGUUAAUGACUAUCAUGGCUACAAGCGUAGCAUGCUUCGUAUCACGCUGGCUGGUGACAAGCCAGUUUGA